AUGCUGCUGCUGCUGCUGCUGCUGCUGCUGCUGCAACCGUGCAGCGCCCCUGCAGCGGCAACCGCCGGCGCCUGCAGAGAGGAUGCGCACCGCGCCUGCGCACUGGCGCGCGAUUUCCCCCACCCCCUCCUGGGGGACGCCUACCGCGCCUGCGGAGGAUUCACAUCGCGCCUGCGCACUGGCGCGCGGUCACCCCCGCCCGCGAGGGGGAAGGGAGGCCCACCGCGCCUGCGCACUGCCUCGCGAUGCCCCUCCCUCGAGGGAGGCCCACCUCGCCUGCGCACUGCCUCGCUUUCCACCUCCCUCGAGGGAGGCCCACAGCGCCUGCGCACUGGCGCGCGAUUACUCCCCCCGCCCCUGAGGGAAGUACACAGCGCCUGCGCACUGCCUCGCUUCCCCCCCCUCCCUCGAAGGAGGCUGACCCAAACUGCUCCUGGAGCGCGAUUACCCUCACCCCCCGCCCCUGAGGGAGGCCCACCGCGCCUGCGCACUGCCUCGCGAUACCCCUCCCUCGUGGGAGGACCACCGCGCCUGCGCACUGCCUCGCUUUCCCUCUCCUUCGAGAGAGGAUGCGCACCGCGCCUGCUCACUGGCGCGCGAUUUCCCCCACCGCCUCCCGCGCCUGCGUACUGCCUCGCUUUCCCCCCCUCCCUCGAGAGAGGCUCACCGCGACUGCGCCAGGCGCGCGAUUACCCCCCCUCCCCCGAGGGAGGCCCACCGCGCCUGCGCACUGACGCGCGAUUUUCCCCACCGCCUCCCGGGGGACGCCCACCGCGCCUGCACACUGGCGCGCGGUCUCCCCCGCCCGCGAGGGAGGAUGCGCACCGCGCCUGCUCACUGACGCGCGAUCACCCCCCUCCCUCGAGGAAGGUGGCACACUGCGUCUGCGCACUGGCUCGCGGUGCCCCUCCCCCGAGGGAGGCCCACCGCGCCUGCGCACUGACGCGCGAUUUCACCCCGCCCCCGAGGGAGGCACACCGCGGCUGCGCACUGGAGCGCGAUCACCCCUUCCCUCGAGGGAGGAUGCACAUCGCGCAGGCGCACUGA